AUGACGUGGCCCACGGUCAAGUACAGGGUCCUUGAACUAUUUCAAGCGUCGCUGGCAGAAGGCUCGUUGCCAAGACAGUGGAGACACGCGAAGAUCAUACCGCUCAAAAAACCGAAUAAAGAAAAUUACACCAUUGCAAAAGCAUGGAGACCAAUCUCCCUCCUAGCGACACUGGGCAAGAUACUGGAGUCAGUGGUUGCAGAAAGGAUCUCACACGCGGUGGAGACCCACGGCUUGCUCCCGACCAGCCACUUUGGAGCCCGGAAACAGCGAUCCGCGGAGCAAGCACUCCUGCUCUUGCAAGAACAGAUCUACACGGCGUGGCGGGGCCGGCGGGUAUUGAGCCUGAUCAGCUUCGAUGUCAAAGGAGCCUACAACGGAGUGUGCAAAGAACGAUUACUCCAAAGGAUGAAAGCACGAGGCAUCCCGGAGGGUCUGCUCCGGUGGAUUGAAGCGUUCUGCUCGGAACGAACGGCGAACAUCCAGAUCAAUGGGCAAGUGUCGGAGGUCCAAAGUCUGCCACAGGCUGGGCUACCGCAGGGCUCGCCCCUGUCCCCGAUCCUAUUCCUCUUCUUCAACGCAGACCUCGUGCAAAGGCAGAUCGACAGCCAGGGAGGAGCAGUCGCUUUUGUGGAUGAUUUCACCGCAUGGGUGACCGGAUCAACCGCGCAGAGCAACCGGGAAGGAAUUGAAGCAAUUAUUAAUGGAGCUCUCGACUGGGAAAGGAGAAGCGGAGCGACCUUUGAAGCGGAAAAGACAGCUAUCAUACAUUUUGCGCCCAAGAUGCGUAAAUCGGACCAUGAGGCGUUUAUCAUCAAGGGACAAACGGUUGUGCCCGGAAACCACGUCAAGAUCCUGGGUGUCUUGAUGGACACGAGGCUUAAGUACAAGGAACAUAUCGCGAGGGCAGCGUCCAAGGGUCUUGAAGCGGCGAUGGAGCUUCGGCGACUCCGUGGCUUAUCUCCAGCAACCGCGCGGCAGCUGUUCACCUCGACGGUGGCACCGGUCGUGGACUACGCCUCCAAUGUCUGGAUGCACGCGUGUAAGGAUAAGGCCAUGGGGCCGAUCAAUCGGGUCCAAAGAGUUGGAGCACAAGCCAUUGUGGGGACAUUCCUCACCGUCGCGACCAGCGUAGCGGAGGCGGAGGCCCACAUUGCCACCGCACGACAACGAUUCUGGAGACGGGCCGUGAAGAUGUGGACGGACAUGCAUACCCUGCCUGAAACCAACCCCCUCCGCAGGGGUACAGACCGGAUCAGGAAGUUCAGAAGAUACCAUCGCUCGCCGCUGUACCGGGUAGCCGAUGCGCUGAAGCAUAUCGACAUGGAAACACUGGAAACAAUUAAUCCAUUUACGUUAGCUCCGUGGGAAGAACGCAUGCAACCCGAUAUGGACCAACCACAGGAUGUCCAGACCAGAGCAGGCCUGUAUAUGCAGAUCGCGGUCAGCAGCUCGGCUCGGAACGAGCUGGUCGGAUUCGGGGUGGCGAUCGAGAAACAACCACCUCGGUAUCGAAAACUGAGACUGAAGACCCUCUCCGUCACAUUGGGUGCAAGAGCAGAGCAAAAUCCGUUAUCUGCGGAGCUAGCAGCGAUGGCACAUGCAUUGAAGAUGGUAGUUGGAAUCAAAGACUACAGAAUUACGUUGCUCACAAGCAACAAGGCGGCGGCGCUCACGCUAAGGAACCCUCGGAGACAGUCUGGCCAGGAGCUGGUUUGUCAGAUAUACAAGUUGAUGAGAAGGUUGCGGAGGAAUGGAAACCGAAUCAAAAUCCACUGGAUCCGCACCAGCGAAGACAACAAGCUGUCAAGUCUGGCUAAAGAACAAGCCAGAACUGCAACACAAGAAGACGCUCUCCAACAGGAACGCGUCCCGAGGAUGAAGUCGACCACAUUGAAUAUCGCACGGUCCCAAGCAGUCCCCUGCAGUCAGCUACCAGAGAACAUAGGAAGACACGCAAAACGAGUAGAUGCCGCACUGCCAGGCAAACACACCCGGCUGUUAUAUGAUCGCCUGACGUGGAAAGAAGCGACCGUACUGGCCCAACUCCGAACCGGCAUGGCCAGACUCAAUGGAUACCUCAAUCAAAUUAAUGUAGCAGAGACCGAUCAAUGUGAUUGCGGACAAGCAAGAGAGACCCUGCAGCACUUCCUCUUCCGCUGUCGGAAGUGGACUGCACACCGGACGGAACUGUUACAAUGCACCCAGGCUCACCGAGGAAACAUAUCCUUCGCCUUGGGGGGAAAACAGCCUUCUGACGAUCAGAACUGGACGCCAAACCUAGAGGCAGUACGGGCCUCCAUACGUUUCGCCAUCGCAACGGGCCGCCUCGAGGCCACUUGA